AUGCGUUUCUCUCGGAUUCUGUUCCCCUUGGCCCUGGCCCCAUUGGCUCUAGCUGCCCCCGAGGCUCGUCCCAAUCCUGUCGCUGCACCAGCCCCGGUCGCCACUGGUGGCCUACUCGAGGAGCUACCCGAGAUUCUGAGCGGCGUACAGGGCCUCUUGACCACCGAUAACCUCAACAAGCUGGAUACUAUCCUGGACGGUGCCGCCAAGUUGCUUGCCGCCGAUAAUAUCGAUAUCUUGCAGGAUAUCUUGACCAACGCCCACAGCUUGUUGACUAAGAGCUUUGUCGGGAACACAACUACCCUCAUUGAGGAUGCCACACCGCUGGUUGAUGAUAUUUCCAAGCUUCUGGGUGGUAUACUGGGAUCACUGUGA